AUGCAAGAUAUAGGGAUGGGUUUAAUCCUUUUGCGAAGGUUCCGCAUUACAUCGACCCCUUUCCUUGGUCUGCAACAUUGCCAACGGUGUUUUAGUGCUCGGUUGUCGGAAAACGUGAGCAACGAUAAUGGAACGGAACAAACGAAUACGGCCAGCAGCAGUGUUACGGAACGAGUAGUGAAAGUGGCCGUCAUAGGAAUGCCAAAUGCCGGCAAAAGUACCCUCAUCAAUCGUCUCAUAGAUCACCGAGUUUGUCCAGUUUCGGCCAAAGUUCAUACGACACGCAAGGCAUCGAAAGCUAUCCAUAGCAAAUCAAACUCACAGGCGAUUCUUUUCGACACGCCGGGGCUGGUAGGUAGCCGAGAGAUAAAGAAACAUCAGCUCGACACACACUUUGUGUCCGCUUGCCGGCAUGCCAUCCAGCACUCGAGCCUGAUCGGUGUCGUGCAUGAUGUUUCGAAUUCGUGGACACGCCAUGCACUCAAUCCGGUGCUGUUACGCGUGCUAGAAGAGUACGCUCACAUACCGAGCUUCUUAAUACUGAACAAAAUCGAUACGUUAAAAUCAAAGCGCAUCCUGCUAGACAUCAUACGAAACCUGACAUGCAAUCGACUCGAAAGCAUUCGAAAUUAUGGUCCACUGGUGAGGCGAAGGAAGAGUAAGGAGGCACCCAAGGAAAAAGCAUCGCACGCUGUGGUCAAGACUAAGGAGGCAACAGCCACACCCGCGGAAGGGUGGCCAAAUUUUACUGAAAUAUUUAUGGUUUCCGCUAUGACGGGCGAUGGGUUGCGUGAGGUGAUGUCAUUUAUACACGCCAACUCGAAGCAGCAACCGUGGGAACAUUUACCAGAAGAACAUACGGAUCAAACACCCGAACAGCUGAUCGUGCAGAGCGUUCGCGCACGGUUGCUCGAUUUCAUGCCCCAAGAGAUACCGUACCUGUUGCAGACAGAGCUGGAGUACUAUGAGGUGGUAGGAGGGAAGGUACUAACCAGCGCCAUCGUAACCUGUCCGAACGAUCGGAUAGCACGGUUGGUGUGUGGCGAGUCUAACGGAAAGCUGCGCCAAAUCAAUGAGCAGGUAACGUCGGAUUUGAUCGAAACAUUUGGGAUGCCCGUGCUACUCACAAUAACGACGAGGGUGCGCAGCAAAGAAGCGAAGUCAUAA